AUGGACGGAGAAUAUAUAUAUAAGUUUAUUAGAGAAUCACCACCUGGUGAAGUUAACCAGGUGGUACAAGAUAUUCGAGCACUUGGAUUGACCGACGAGGACCGCAUUCAAAAGCAACUUCAAUUGCAUCAUGAAGAUUCAAAUUCUCCUGUAACGUUAUCCCAAGAUGAAAGAGCAGUCCUUUCCUCUGAAAGCAAAUUGGAUGACGGUCGCUACUAUGAUCAACGAUUGCAAAAGUCCUUUGCAGUGAAUUUCGAAACAAUGGAAGCAAUUGAUGUUGAGGAUUAUAAAGAGAAACCAAUUAUCUCAGAGGACAUUGUUAAACAAAUUCAAAAGGUUACUUUGGAUCAUUAUUUGUCUGAUGUAUCAAUUGGAGUUUUACAAAAGGAUGCGAAUGUUCCUGAAUACAGCAUCAUGCUCGUGUCCGUAAAGUAUAACCCUCAAAAUUACUAUAACGGUCGUUGGAGGUGUGUCUGCAAGUAUGAUACGGAGAGGAAGAAGUUAAGUGGAACUUCCUUUAUCAGGGUGCAUUACUAUGAAGAUGGUAAUGUCUGGUUAGAUGCCGAGCGUCCUAUUGAUGUGAGCGUUGAUGAUACUGGAAAGCUUUCAGAUGCCCUAAUAGAAACAGAAAAUGCAAAUCAGCGCUCUUUUAAUGUGGAGCUUUCUUCCCUGAAUGAUAAAAAGUUCAAAGAACUUCGCCGACAACUUCCUAUUACACGCCAGAAAAUUAAUUGGGAGAAUGUUUUAGGAUUACGCAUGAGAAACACAUAA